UUGGCACAAUCAUGGACCGCUGUGUCCGCUGUGUCUUGUUUGUUGUAUAGUGCUUAGUGGUGCUUAGUAUUCAGUAUGUUGUGGGUUCGCUGGAUUCGCAUUGCCUUAUGCGAGUCCGAUAACAUAAACGACUCAUUUUUCGUUAUCACACUCCACCACUAGAUAGCAGCCGAAACCGACCAAUGGGAUUACGAGUUGCGUACGCCAUGAAUAUCGCUUUCCGUGCGCUUUGUCGACGAAGAACAACACCCUUUGGCCCAAUUGCAAAUUGGAUUUAACGGGUGUUUAUCUAAUGCUACCAUCAUGAUACUUCUGGAGCCUAAUAAUAGGGUUGUCGAAGAGACAUUAACGCUCAAGUUCAAGAAUGCACAGGCUGGAGUGAAACAUGAAUCUAUUGAUGUUACGUUGGCUGAUUUUGAUGGAGUGCUCUUUCACAUUUCCAAUCCGAAUGGAGAUAAGACCAAAGUUAGGGUGAGCAUAUCACUGAAGUUCUACAAGGACCUGCAGGAGCACGGCGCAGAUGAGCUGCUGCAGAAGAUAUAUGGGGAUCUCGUCACUGCCACAGAAGAGGGUUACAAUGUGUCUUUACUAGUGGACCUGGAUAACAUUCCUGAUGACUGGGAGAGCUUAGUGAAAAAGAUUGGCCUGCUGAAGACGAACUGCUUUGCGUCAGUGUUUGUUAAAUAUUUUGAAUUCCAAGAGAAGGGAGAGGAAGGUGCAAAACGAGCUGUGGUUCACUAUCGAGAUGAGGAAACGAUGUAUGUGGAGGCCAAGGCGGACCGGGUCACGGUGGUGUUCAGCACCAUCUUCCGCGACGAGGACGACGUCGUCAUCGGCAAGGUGUUCAUGCAGGAGUUCAAGGAGGGCCGCAAGGCCAGUCACACAGCUCCUCAAGUGCUGUUCAGUCACCGGGAGCCGCCGCUGGAGCUCCAGAACACGGACGCGCGCGUCGGAGACAACAUCGGCUACAUCACGUUCGUGCUCUUCCCGCGGCACACCAACCGCGCCGCCCGCGACAACACCAUCAACUUGAUCCACAUGUUCAGGGACUACCUCCACUACCACAUCAAGUGCUCCAAGGCCUACAUCCACUCGCGUAUGCGAGCCAAGACCUCGGAGAUCCUGAAGGUGUUGAACCGGGCGCGACCAGAGGCCAAGUCGACCGAAAAGAAAACCAUCAGCGGUCGGACGUUCCGGCCCUCCUAGAGGCGGUCCGGCCAGCGGGAGUGGCUCGGGGGACGGGCCGCGCUCAGCCGCACAUCUGUGAUUCACUCUCCACACCGGCGCCGACUCGGCCGCGCCCCAGUCUGCCUUGCUCCGCGGCGCGCGCCUCCACCAGCGAGCCGGCACACAGCGGCAGAGGAGAGCGCCCGAGCGCCCGAGCGCCCGGCGCCCGGCGCCUGUCCAGUCUUUGUUAUUAUAUGCGUGAGCUCUUCCUAGAUUACCUCCGCCGGCGCCCGAGGCCGCGCGGUCCUGUUCGCCUCCUUAUUUUGUGAUCGGACGGACGAGUGGCUAAUUGUUGGUAGCGUGAUGAUUCAGCGCGUCGGCCGCUGUUAAUAUAACCGCGGCGGCCGGCGCCGCCACCUACUGCUUAUGCGAUUGGAGGGCAGUGCUUGUCGGCCUGGACGCGCGACACUGCCGUGAGCGCGUCGUAUAUAUGAUCCGCAACUGGUAAUAUGAACGAUGCUUGCAGUUAUGCCCUUUUGGCAGGCUUCUCCAAUAUAUGGUAUGCCUUUGGA